GCCAACACAACACAGUGUGUGGAGCUCACCCUCAUGUCCACCCAAUAGGAACUCGGGAACGACUACUGUCUUAUCUCAAGCAAAUAAAAUCAAGGAUUAACUUUGGGUGAUCGGCCGUGAUAGCCGUUGUCACAAUCGACAGGAAGACGGCGUAUCCGUGUUGUAGCAGACGACUCGGAGCAGACGAUACUUGUCAUCAGACGACACCAGCAGUCGAUUACACAUCUCGGCUUUACAUUCAACUGAAGUAGUCUUAAAGAGUGCAGUUACUGAUGAUUUACCAGCAAGUCAGAUAUUGUUGUGAAAAUAUGGUCUUCUACGGGAUGCAGUACUUCUUUUGUCGUUAAAGUGGCAAUCUUGCAGGAACUUUCAAAGGACCAGUUUGCAGCGGCUUGAGAGACGAAGACGAGGUCGCAAUUAGAACUGAUCUUAUUGUUGGUGAAGACUUUCCAAAUUGAAGAUAUUACAGUAAAUUCAGUGGGAACAGUCUUCAGUAUUCAGUGACGGGACAAGUGUUGGAUGCCUACUCACCAUUCUUUGACUCCAGUAUUUUUUAUUUCAAGAAUGGACCCAUGUUGCAAUCACGGCACAGUUAGUUUGAUUUAACCUGAUUUACACUGAGUGGAAGCGGUGCCUUACGAGAGCCUAGCACGCGAUGGAUCUGUCCAUGUCUAGAAGAAGCGUAAUUUCUGAAGGAAAACCGCCCUUCAAGCAUUCAAUUGACAAUAUCCUGAAGCGGCAGGAAGAGGAGAACCUCUGUUCGUCAGAAGAUAAGGCAGACGAGAGAGACAGCGACCCCGAGGUCGACCCUGGUGUGUCAGGCACGGAACUAGCAGAUUCGGACACUCGGAGAUGUUCCUCCCUCCGUUGUUCGGCGAGUCCCGAGGGCAGCCCAACCAGUGGUGGCAGCAGCCUGCCCCAAACCCACGGUCUUGGAGACCCCCUGAACACGUCCCUACCCCAGGGGGGCACCGGGGAGACUCGGAUGGGAGCAGCAGGGGACCACUAUCUGAUGAACAGGGAGACCAAGAGGAGUCCCGAUAGUGCAGGAACAGAGGGACCAGUGUCUAAGAAGCGACGUUUUCGAACGACCUUCACCUCGGAGCAACUGAAGGCCUUGGAGCAUGUGUUCCAGGUGACACACUACCCCGACAUCAACACGAGGGACGACCUGUCCAGAAAGACGGGACUGUCAGAGGAAAGAGUGCAGAUCUGGUUCCAGAACAGGCGGGCCAAAUGGCGGAAGCACGAGAAACUUGGCAACUUCGGGGGCUUACAGGAUUUGAAGGAAGUCAGCUUUGUCCCUGCACCAAAGACCGUCAUCAGACUAGACGAGGAAAAGAAACCGUCCAGGAAAGUGGAUUCUGGAGACAAGUCCGGCGACGAAUCUCCUGAUCUUGAGAAGUCCCCAUCUCUCAGUAUAGUGCCGCCGCCAUACACCCUCCUUCAGCCUCACUUUGGAAUCCCGCCUUUCCUUUAUUACCAAGCAUGCCUUCCUGGAACCGUUCCCAACAGCAGACGAGCAGACAGUCUGACAUCACUGCGUCUAAAGGCGCGGGAAUACGAAGCUGCCUUAGAGAUGCAGUAUUUAUACAAAUAGACUGAAUAGAGAAUUCCGGCAGAUGCGUGUAUAUAUUACAAUCUUCAGACUGCACGUGCAACAGGUGCGUCGUCUUGGUGUUUUUAUAAAGUCUGCAUAUAGUGCACGUGCUUCAGGUGCACAGUCGUUGUGUUUGCAUAAGUUACAAGCAGGCUGCACUUUCUUCACGUGUCUCAGCAUGUACGGAAACUGAUAUUAACCCGCACGUGCUCCACGUGUCUCAGUGUGUACGUAAACUGGAUAUAGACUGCACGUUUUACUGGCGCACUGUCGUAGCCUACUGUGGGGCCGACACAAUAUUGUACCCGGACAUUCUUGAAAAGAACCAAUCCCUGACUGUGUUGCAAGUGCUAUAACCAAUUGACAGUGUGUUUCAAACCAAUGGUGCUGGUUCAAGACAUCGUCCAAGCAUCUGUGUGAUAAAUCAUCAAAUAAUGCAUAAACAAACACCAUCCCUUGCAGCCGAGCUUUUAAGCUCCUAGUGUGUAGCAGUAUCGAAUCAAAUAUACUGAACAAAAAAGAAGCUUCACAUGUGUUACGUUUUGCCCCAAACAUACCCACAUAGAACAAAAUGUGUUGCUAGUGGACAAAUCUGGUUUAUGGACGUAAUAUACACUAAAACAGGAUUAGGCAUUAAGGUGGGCUUGGUGCACCCUCCACAGUCGACAAUAGCACGAUGGGGUCAUUCUUUUAUUUCACGGGACUAGCCAUCUGUAUUGGAGCUUGUUCAGUACUGCGUAUACCCCACUCACGCAUUCACAACAGCAUGUCAACGUUGUCUCACUGACUGCUUAACACCCGCGAACACGGCAUUAGACAACCUGCUCCAUUGCUGUACAAACAUGGCGUCCACCUCUUGAACAUUCUGGGAGUGACGUCUCAAGGCACAAAGCUUUCUUCCAAGAGCAUACGUGUUCGAUGGAAUCGAGGCCAGGUGAUCUUGAUGGCCGCCCAGUGACGUCAAUACCUGCAGUUUGCAGGCGCAGUUGUGACCAUGCAGUGCAGACGUUAAUUACGGUUUACUUGUGUCAGCAUCAACCCCCCAAAAAUUACUUUGUGCACGAAGAUGGGCAGCGCACAAGCGGUUUCCUUUGGUCUUGGCAGUUUAGCGACCCUAAACAGUGCGUUACUGGUUGACGUUGCGGUCGUAGAACGAUAAAAUGACGCAGCCAAACUUGGUUGACGUCACACGUGGCCGUUCUGACCUAGGGCGAUCAUAUGUCGUACCUGUUUGGUGCACAGGGUUUCCACAGGUUGUGUGUCUGUCUACUGCAUCAUAUGGCACGUGCAACAGCCACUACAGACU